AUGUUUAUACUGAUAAUAAUUACUCUGUUGAGAAGUACUACAUGUGAGCAACAAAGAAUUUUCAAUAUUUCUGAACAAGCGCCUGUUGGGCAUAUAAUUGGCUAUUUUAACGGUACUCCUUCCGAUGGUAUCAAACCAAAUUUUUAUAUUGUUUAUCCGGACAAUAGUGGAGAAACCGAAAAAUAUUUGGCAGUGGAAGAAGUAAGUGGUGAGAUACGCGUUUUACGUGAGUUAGAUUAUGAACGUCGCACUUCCUACCACUUGAUCGCUGUACCCGUGGACAACCGCUCGCAUGGAGAAACAAUUCACGCCGUAGUAAAUGUCAUUGAUGAGAAUGAUAACACGCCAACAUUUCCUGCUUCUUCCAUCGAUGUGGCUAUUUCCGAAUUUGCUGCGCUAAAUUCGGAAAUUUCAUUACCACCGGCAGUGGAUAACGAUUCUCUUCCGCUGUCAGUGGUCAAAUACCAUAUCCUAUCCGGAAAUGUCAACAAUGCAUUUAAAUUGUCAAGUAAGCGAAUCAAUUCGAUGUUAUAUGUUGACUUGGUUGUGAAUGGACAGCUGGAUCGAGAAUAUCGCGGCCAAUAUGAGCUUCUCAUAGAAGCCUUGGAUGGAGGCAACCCACCAAAUAGCGGCAAGAUGCUCGUCAACGUGACAGUUCUGGAUGCGAACGAUAAUGCGCCAGAGUUUAGCCAAAACGGGUACAGUACCUUUAUCCCGUGGAAUGUGUCGAUGGGUUACGUGGUUGCGACGGUCCAUGCCACAGAUCCUGAUCUCGGAGAAAAUGCUCGAGUUGCUUACUCCAUUGCAAAGAGUCGUGCUGACCUGAAACUUCCAUUCCAAAUUGAUGGAGAAAAUGGCGUGGUACGAGUAAGCGAUCCGAAACUUCUUAUUUCUGGUUCAGUUUAUAAGCUUCUAAUUGUGGCCAGUGAUCAUGGACUACCUCAACCUCUUGAAUCUACAACUUUUCUAACUAUUACGAUUCAGAAGAAUAAUCAACCAGAACUUAUUUUCGAUAUCUUUUGGCUUACUGAUAGCAAUAAACCGGAAGUUUAUGAAAACGUUACAGUAGGACACGUUAUUGCUCGGAUUGCUGCACAAAAUGCACCUCAACAAAGUGAAUUAUCAGUAAGUGGAUGUGAUGCACUGUGCAUCAAAGAGACUGAUUCGUCGGGAGUUUACUUGGUACUUGUCUGCGGAUCCUUUGAUCGCGAACAAAAGUCUGAAUACAAUCUACUUUUUAUCAUCAGAUCCCAUGGGAAACAGUUGCUGGAAAUCCCAGUGUUCUUUGAGGUACGUGAUGUCAACGAUAAUGCACCCAAAUUUGAAAAAUCACUGUUCCAUAUAAAAUUUAAUCGAUCUGUAACACACUACAAAUUAGUUCGAAUUCAAGCAUCGGACCCGGAUAGUGGUGAAAAUGGUCAGAUACAUUACACUGUUUUGGAUAGUGAUCUAUUCGAAAUUGAUUCCGACACCGGUAUCCUGAAUUUCCACGAAAAUUUUGAUUGCUCACUCGAAGAGUAUCGUUUUCGCGUUCGUGCGGAAGAUUCCGGCAUUCCGCCACAAUCCUCCACAGUUGAUGUUAUUGCUGAAAUCAUUGAUGGCAAUAAUCGACCUCCUAUUUUUACAAAACCGUUGUACGAUGUGACCGUUAAGGAGGAUGCGGAACCGGGCACUUGCCUUCUCAAGAAUGUGACGCAAAUUCAAUUUUGUGUUGAGCCUUUGUUGUUUAUAAUACCUCAGCAAAUUUACAAUAUCCCAUCAUCAAUUAUUUAA